GUGAGAUGACGAUCAUGUUGCAUGACGUCGAGGCCAUCCUUGGGAUUCCCGUAGAGGGAAACCGAGCAUCUGUUGUCACAGAUGCGGAUCAGGCAGAUUUAUUGGCGGAGCUGUUGGCGGUGGAUAGGGCUGCGCUGUACACAGCGGCACUUGGUGUGUGGGAUCACGGCGGUGUUAAGAUCGCAGCAGUUUUGCAGCGAUGUUUGCACCCCACUUCACGUAGGACGCAGGACACACAGCUGGCUGCAUAUGUUUUUCUUCUUCUCGGGUGUACCUUGUUUCCGGAUAAGAGCGGAAACAAGCUCAGGCCACGCGACAUAGUUGACGCGUGUGAGCCCGACAGAGUAGGCCAGUUUUCUUGGGGGUCGGCUACAUUAGCGUACAUGUAUCGCCAGUUAGGAUUCUCGAGCCGGGCUGAUGCGGCAGGUAUCACUGGAUGUAUGACGUUGUUACAGACGUGGAUAUACGAGUAUUUCCCGGCGUUUCGACCACACCGCGACCCGGUUCCUAUUGGGGAUGGCCAGCCACGUGCCUGUGCGUGGAGUCCGCGUGUCGAGAAGAAGUCCAUUGACCGCCUGCGAUCGAUACGGUUAUUGCUUGACAGGAUGUCCCCAUUAGAGGUGAACUGGAUGCCUUUCGGCCAGAACCCUAGUAAUAGGGUACCCAGGACCCUCUACACGGGACUGAUUCAGUAUCGUGAGAUCGUAGAGGCGUACAUGCCGCAGCGCUGUCUUCGCCAGCUUGGAUAUGUCCAAGUUGUUCCUCCUCCACCAGCAUGGCCCAGUAAGGCCAUCCGAUCUGCGUCGUCGAAGGAGUACGUCGUCCAAUGGCCGGCAAGCAUGAUUGGCACGUGGGAGCAGUUUCCGAUGGUUGCCCGCAUAUGGAUUGAGCAGCUGCAGCGGCCGCCAACUGGGGUGGCUGCCAUGUGUGACCAGCACUACAUGGAGUGGUACAACCGGCACUCGCACCCGAGGUUGAUCAGAGACGUCCACCACGGCGACGACGCCGAUGAUGAUGAUGUGCCACCGCCCACUGCCGUGGAUGCGUGGAUGGGAAAGAUGACGCAGUUGGGACACAGACUUUUUGAGGAGAGGGACAACAUGACGACUGCAACAGGCAGAGCUGUUAUUGAUGAACUGGAACGGGCCCUUGAGCAGUGGCAGUGGGCGUCACAGAGAGAUUAUUGAUAUGUCGGCAGUGCAUUUAUAAAACAUUUUCCUAGUUGUUUGUAAAAGUUAACAUUAUCUGUUUUUAUAAUUAUUAUUUUAAGUUCUUAGAAUUUGACAUUAUAUUUUUAGUUUUUAUAACUUUUAUUUUAAGUUGUAAUUAGUGGGCAUACGAAAACUAAAUACAGGUUCACAUUUAAAUGGGAAAACUAAAUACGAAAAUUAGAA